CCGGGAUCCCGAGGGCUGGAAGCUAAGAGGCAGGAGCCAUGGAGUACACCGGAAGCCAGUAUAUUGGGGAAUUUGUAGAUGGGAGGAUGGAGGGGGAAGCCGAGUACAUCCUCCCUACCGAAACAAAAUACGUCGGGGAAAUGAAGGACGGCAUGUUCCAUGGCCAAGGAACCCUGUACUUCCCCAGCGGGAGCCGAUUCGAUGGCAUUUGGGAGAAAGGAUUGGUUGUAAAGGGCACGUACACCUUCUCAGACGGGCUGCAGUAUGACGCCAAGAACUGGCAUUACUGUGACAGCUACGAUCGGAGGUUUUACACCGAGAUCUGCUACGGCUUGAAGCCUGCAGGUAUCUCUCAGCUCACCAAUAUGGACCCGCCUAGAAAGAUCCCUCCAGGCUAUUAUGACUGUGGAGACGGCUUCUAUAACCCGAUCACGAGGAUAGUCAAGGACUAUAGGAACCGUUUUCUGAGAAAUGCAGAUGACGACGAGCAUGAGUGGAUCAUCCGGACGUGUCGGAAGGGCUGGGACGAGACCAUGGGUCACAAGCCCAAGCUGUGAGUUCUGCAGCCACCUCUGUCCCAGGUUUCCUUCUGUGCCACUGGCGUUGGCUAGCCCAGAGGGCAGGCUGUAGUUCUAGAACCUGACUUUUGACUCAGGAAUAAAGGCUUUCUGUAGUCAGUG